CGCCUCCCAUUGGCUGCGGGCCGGCGCGGCUUUCCCGCGCGCGCGCCGCGGCGGCAUGGCGGGGGAGCGGGCGGUGGGGCUGGUGCGGGAGCUGCAGCGCGCCGCGGGCGGGCACCUGCCGCCGUUCCGGGCGGAGGAGCUGCGGCAGGCGCUGGAGGAGAUGCGGGCGCUGUACGAGCGGAACCAGGCGGACGUGUCCGAAGCGAAGUCGGGCCGGACGGACCUGAUUUUUCUCAUCCGGUUUCGCCACUGCUGCCUGCUGAGGAACCAGCGCUGCGUCGUGGCCUACCUGUACGACCGGUUGCUGCGGAUCCGAGCGCUCAGGUGGGAGUAUGGCAGCAUCCUGCCGAACGCCAUCCAGUUCCACAUGUCAGCUGAGGAAGUGGAGUGGUUCAAUCGGUACAAAAAGUCCCUGGCUACCUACAUGAGGUCAGUAGGAGGAGAGGAGGGGCUGGACCUUACGCAGGACAUAAAACCUCCUAAGAGCCUGUACAUCGAAGUGCGGUGCUUAAGGGACUAUGGAGAAUUUGAGAUUGAAGAUGGAACCACGGUCCUGUUGAAGAAGAAUAGCCAGCACUUUUUGCCCCGCUGGAAAUGCGAGCAGUUAAUCAGACAAGGAGUCUUGGAGCACAUCCUGUCGUAAGCGUGCAGGACAGGAGGGACAGCCUUUGCCUGAUGCCCUGUGCAUAAUGGAGAGCAAACCCUGGUGCGUGCAGGACUUCAGCCACCUCAGCACCUCUGCACGGAGCACCCUGCAGCUCCGUGCAACAGCUAUUACUGCCUGACGUGAAGACCAGCUCCAAGUUUAUAAAGUGUGCAAACCAUACUGGCCAGCGCUGCGUGACCAAAGGGUGCAUACUGGUAACGUAGCAAGCCUAGGAAUCCUGCCAUUGUAUCCAAGCCCCACAGCUACCUGCAGGUUCUGUGAAUGCUGUUGGGCUUGGAGCAGCUCUUUGUUCACCCUGUGCCUUCAUGAGAAAGAGACGGACCAGCUGGGCUGUGGAAGCUGGGAGAACACCACAGCUGCAAAAUAAAGAACUGCUUCAGCCUUCA